ACUGAUAGCCGAGGGGUCCUGCAUCGGCUGGAGUCGCUGGUCUUCCAACACAACCGACCGAAAUUCUGGGCGUGGUAUUGUAAUGACAAUUUCGCCGUCAUCGAAUGUGAUCAGGUGUUCACGUUCAAGGAAUGUCUCAACAGCGUCUUCCCGGACAUCCAGUUUACGAUGAAGGAGGAAGAGAACAGCCACCUGGCCUCCCUUGAUGUCCUCUUCUGUCACAAAGAUUUUGGUGGCCUUAAUACUAAAGUAUUCAGGAAAGCGACGAACACGAAACAAGUAUUCAAUUACAAGAGUAACCACCCAAUCAGCCACAAACGCAGUUGCGUAAGGACGCUCUACUGGUCUGUUGAGACGCGCUACAGCGAGCCGGAAGAUAAAAUUACUUUGUUUGAACGGGUCAGCGCGCCGUAUCCGCCUCACUCACGUUUCUCCCUACCCCCUCAUGCUAAAGGCGAAGGCAAACAAACCCCUCAACAGAAGGCUCUUCCGCAAACGACUUCUAAGCCCUCCGACACUCCUAAAGUGGCCAAAUCCCACGUCCUACUGUUCAACUUUGACAGUCUGAACGAGAGUCUAUUGGCCGGAUUCCUCAAAAAACGCGGUGUAAAUGCACAGACUCUGGGGUGCAUUUACUCACCCGUUGCCCUGCUUGGCCUUCCGAAUGACGAAGCGGCGAAGAAGGCAGUAUCCGCUUGCUCCGGGGCUACAUAUAACACGCGUGCCCUCUCCGCCGUCAUGGUUGAUGGCGACGUCUCCAAGAUCCUAACGAACAAGUCAAAGCAAACCAGCAACGACGGUCCUCUCAUGACUGUUUUUGCUUCUAAUUUGCCGAAGUCCCUCACAACAGAAGACAUUAAAAAAAUAAUCGGCGUCGAACCAAAGUCUAUGCGCCUUCUGACGUCUGGGCCUAAAAAUAGAUUAUUCAACGCCUGCUAUAUUGACUGUCUCAGUGAGGCCGAUGCCAGAAAAGCCUUCAAAGCGCUCGAAGGUCGAUCUGAGUCUGGGACAAACAUCAGGGCUUUUCUGAAAAACCAACAGCAAUGGCCUGCCGUCACGGAGACGACUUUAAUUAUCACCAAUGCACCAUUUACCAUUGGUGUUGAACAGAUGAAAAAGGAAUUCCCAACAGCAACCUUAGUCGAAUCCACAAAAAAGGGUUCAUUUCAUUUGACUUUCAAGACCAAGGAAGAUAAAGAAAAAGCUGCUACUAAAGCAAAAGGAAAGGUAAUGGAGGGUCGCCCACUUCGUGUUGUAAUACCUGGAGAAGAAAAAAAACCACAAAAGGACUCGAAACCAAAUAGCCUUGUGGUCUCCAAUUUACCCUUCACCGCAAAGAUUGACGAAAUUCGCCAGCUGUACCCUGGCUGUUCCUGGGUUACCCUAAAAAAACGCGAUGACGGCAAAUUCAAUGGAACCGCGGUUAUCUCGUUUAAGUCGGCAGAAGACGCUAAGAAGGCACUGAAUGAAACCCCCUCCAAACAGGUCCAGGGCAGACAGUUACGCGCCCACCUCGAAAGUCAGCAGCCCGAGGCGCCCGUGAAAGAAACACCUUCCAAAAAAGAGGCAAAGCAAACCGCGCGUAUACUUUGCGAAACACCCGGUGCGGGUCUUUACGGAUCUGGAUCAACAUGUCUAAACGUUUUUAACGUGCCAGAUAACUUAGGUGAAGAGGAACUGCGUCCAUACUUCCCUUCCGCCCGAAGCAUUAGAUGCCGGCCGUACGGUGCCUGCGUACUACAAUUUCGGUCGGAGCGUGAUUGCCAGGCUGUCUAUGAUGAAUGUCAAACAGGAAAGGACGUUGGCGGACAGACCGUUCAAGCCCAAUUUGGCGAGGGUCGCACGUCUUCGACCGGGUAUGGUCAGCAACAAAACGAGAUGCACGGCCAGCAGGAACAGAAAAGUAGAUAUGGAACCGAUCGACACGGAUCUAAAGAUGGUUGUGUGCUUAAAGUACAUAACCUCAGCUGGUCAGUGACCGACGAGGAACUUCUUCAGGAGUUCCCUGAUGCUGUCAGUGCAAACGUGAUGAUGACGGAUCAGGGAAGGUCUAGAGGGUAA